AUGGCGUCCUCGCGCCUGCCUCCCACGGUGCUGACGCUGAAGCAGUUCAUGAGACGGCAGCAAGUUCUCCUCCUGUACAGGAAGAUUCUGCGAGCCAUCAGGCAAGUUCCGAGCGAUUCCGACCGGAAGUACCUCCAGGACUGGGCCAGGGAAGAAUUCAAAAGAAAGAAAAGUGCCACGGAAGAGGAUACGAUACGAAUGAUGAUUACUCAAGGCAAUAUGCAGCUAAAGGAAUUAGAAAGGACUCUUGCCUUAGCAAAAUCUUAAUGGAAAGACUUUCAGAUCUCCAUGCAUUUUGCACAGGCCGAAAGCCACUGCCACAAAUCCCCAGUGGCGCAUGAAAAGCUGAUCAUGCUCAUCAAGAAUGCAAAUCAAGGGGUUAACAUUUCCACUACAGUGGCUGCAAUUAAA